UGCUGGAUUGUGGUAUAGCGGAGGACUGGAAUUUUCAAGAUGUCGUCGCUGAUGCUCUCCUUGAGAAGUUGCUCCGCCGUUGUCAGCCGAAACUCCGGGUCUUUCCAGCAAGCAGCGCGCAAUGCACAGACAGCUGCUGCAGCAGCCCCUGCCUCCCAGGCUGAGGCCCGCAUUAAGAAGUUUGCCAUUUACAGAUGGGACCCUGACAAGGCUGGGGACAAGCCCCGCAUGGAAACGUAUGAAGUGAACCUUAACAGCUGCGGGCCUAUGGUGCUCGACGCACUCAUCAAAAUCAAGAAUGAGAUGGACUCAACCUUGACCUUCCGCAGGUCAUGCAGAGAAGGGAUCUGUGGCUCGUGUGCCAUGAACAUUAAUGGAGGGAACACGCUGGCUUGCACCAACAAGAUUGACACCAACACCAGCAAAGUAACCAAGAUAUACCCCCUCCCUCACAUGUAUGUGGUGAAGGAUCUCGUCCCGGACAUGAAUCAUUUCUACGCACAGUACAAGUCCAUCGAGCCUUACUUGAAGAAGAAGGACGAGUCUCAGCAGGGCAAGGCUCAGUACCUGCAGUCAGUGGAUGACCGACAGAAACUGGACGGCUUGUAUGAGUGCAUCCUGUGUGCCUGCUGCAGCACCAGCUGUCCCAGUUACUGGUGGAAUGGAGACAAAUACCUGGGACCGGCCGUUCUCAUGCAGGCUUAUCGGUGGAUGAUCGACUCUCGAGAUGACUUCACAGAAGAGCGUCUGUCCAAGUUGCAGGACCCCUUCUCUCUCUAUCGCUGUCACACCAUCAUGAACUGCACAAAGACCUGCCCAAAGGGUCUGAACCCAGGAAAAGCAAUCGCAGAGAUUAAGAAGAUGAUGGCCACAUACAAGGAGAAGAAGGUGGCCAGUGCAUAAUAUAAUAGAGCACUGUCAACUAAAUAAAUUAUUAUUGGAAGCAUACACUCUAUCUUCCUGUAUAUCUAUUCAGGGAGCCUUUAGUGUGACCUAUAGGGAAGACUUGGAGAAUCUGUAUAAAACUAACUACAUAACUCCUGAAUUAAAGCUGAUCUGUUUAUGCUGUAUAUUGUGUUGUUUUUGUACAACUAAAGGAAAAAUAAAUUAUAAAAUGAG